ACGUGCAUACGGAUCGCGACAGAUCAUUAAGAAGAAAAGAAAAAAAUACAAAUGCAUUUUGUUGAGUGAAAAAAUAUUGAAGAAAAAAAUUAUAAAUUAAAAAAAAAAAACAAAAAAAAAAUUUUAAUUUUUAAAAAAGAAAAAUCGUAUUAUCUAACAGAAAAGUUUUCAAAAUAUAAAGAAAAUGUCCUCGUUGGAAAAUCAAACCGAGUUUCAUAAAAAAACAGAAAUACAUACCACACCCAACGAUGUCCAUUUUCGAGGAUCCACCGAUUUUGUCCUUAUAACCGAUCAUCGAACCUCCAAAUAUCGAAGUGAAGAACAAUUGUUGGCGGAAAAACCCGAGGAAACUUCAAUUAUGAAGAAAAUUUUUCGCAAAAAGAUGCUGUACAAACGCUUACCAAUUCUGGAAUGGCUGCCAAGAUACACUUUGGCCGAUGCCAUAGGAGAUUUGGUGGCCGGUAUAACAGUUGGGCUAACUGUUAUACCACAGGGUUUGGCCUAUUCAAAUGUGGCUGGACUUCCCACAGAGUACGGUCUCUAUGGAUCCUUUAUGGGAUGUUUGGUAUACGUUUUUCUGGGCACCUGCAAGGAUAACACCAUAGGCUCUACAGCUGUCGCAUCACUUUUAACAUACCAAUUUGCCAAAGGGGUAUGGCAGAGAGCGGUUUUGCUCACCUUUCUCACUGGCAUAAUAGAAAUAGGCAUGUCCAUAUUUCGUCUGGGAUUUCUGGUUGACUUUGUCUCUGGCCCCGUGAGUGCGGGUUUUACAAGUGCUGUUGCCCUUAUUAUCUCAACAUCUCAAGUGAAAAAUAUUCUAGGAGUCAAAAGUGAAGGUGCCUCAUUUCUACAGCGAUGGAUUAGUAUGAUCAACGACAUUCAUAAUAUACAAAUCAAUGAUGCCAUCUUGGGUAUAUCUUGUGUGGCUGUUCUGAUAGCCCUUCGAUUUGUGGGACGAAUGAAGGUGGGACCCAAGGAGACAACCGAAUUGAAAUGGUAUCACAAAGCUUCAAAUAAAGUUUUCUGGUUUAUGGGUAUUAUGCGCAAUGCCACUGUAGUCGUUGUAUGUGCCGGUGUCAGUAUGUAUUUGGAAUCGCAAGGAAAACAUUAUUUCCGUUUGACCGGAAAUGUACCUCAAGGUUUACCCAAGCCGGCGCUGCCACCAUUUUCCAUAGAAGCUCAGCCUGGUAAUGCGACAGCGGGUAUACCGGAAGUGAAAGGAGAAACAUUCUUCGAUAUGGUUGGAGGCUUGGGUUAUGGCUUGAUAAUUGUGCCCAUGAUUGCUCUGCUAGAGAAUGUGUCAGUGUGCAAAGCAUUUGCCAAAGGCAAUCCCAUUGAUGCCACCCAGGAAUUGUUUGCCAUUGGUGUUGCCAAUGUGGCAAAUUCCAUAUUCCAAGGAUAUCGUGGUAAUAGUGGCCUAGCUCGUUCUGCCGUCAAUAAUGCCAGUGGUGUUCGAACUCCCUUGGCUAAUUUGUACAUUUCCAUUGUUGUCAUGUUGGCUUUGGUCUAUUUGACUAAAUAUUUCUAUUAUAUACCUUUGACUGUGCUGGGUGCCAUCAUUAUAUCGGCGGUAAUAUUUCAACUGCAGUAUCAUGUCAUAAAACCAAUGUGGCGCAGUAAACGUUCUGAUUUGAUACCAGGAAUUGUGGCCUUUAUAACAUGUUUGGUAAUGCCAUUGGAAGUUGGUAUAUUGAUAGCUAUUGGAGUUAAUUUGCUAUUCAUUCUCUAUCACUCUGCUAGACCUAAGAUAUCCUUGGAAACCAUAGAGACAAUGGAAGGUUACAAAUUCCUCAAACUAACACCCGAUCGUUGUUUGAUAUUCCCCUCGGUGGAAUUUGUGCGCAAUUUGGUGCUGAAGUCUGGCAAUAAAACUUCCCUGCCCGUAGUUAUCGAUUGCACCUACAUUUAUGGAGCAGAUUUUACAGCAGCCAAAGUCAUCUCUUCAAUGAUUGAUGAUUUCAAGAGACGUAAUCAAAAGUUAAUUUUCUUCAAUUUGAAGCCAAGUGUAGUGCAAAUUUUUGAAGGACUCAAAUGUAAGCUAAUACUAUGUUAUAAUGCAGAGAGUUUAAUCGAAGAGCUAAAAGACAGCGAUGUCCCUGCGCAGAGAGUAGAAUUUGAGGUUCCACCAUCUUUGAAAAUCGAUAUGGGAAAUAGUGAUAAUCAAAGUACGGCUAGCACGAUAACAUUAACGAAAUAUCAAAGUAAAUAGUAGUUAUUUACUUGUAUGCUAUAUGGACUUAAUAUAUGUAAUUAAAUUAUUAUUAUUAGAAUAGGUUAAGUUUAGUUAAAAAAAAAUUAUGCAAUUCCAAAAAAUAGUUGAUAUAAA